CAGCGAGCGCGGACGAGCGGGGCCACAGCCGGAGCGCCGAAGCCGAGCGUGCCGAGGGAGCGUGCGUGGGGUGGUGUGUACAGUGUGUGGGGGAGAGCGUAGCGGCGCGGCGUCGAGCGAGCGAGUGUGUGUGCGCGUGUGGGGAGCGGACUCGAGUCGCCAGCGUGGCGCUGUGCUCGCGGGCCAGGUGCGGCGUGGGGCGGACGGCAGCGAUGCCGCCGUCGCCGCUGCCGCUCAUUCAGACGUCGCUGUCGUCGGUGCACGCGACGGCGGCGCCGGCGUCGAUGCAUCUGCACGCGCGGCAUCAGCCGGAGGAGGAGGCCGGCGGGAUGGACCAGGGCGGGCUCACCUGCCGCGUGCAGUUCCUCAACGACAUCGAUCCCUUCACGUACAGCACGCACUUCCCGGAGCCCUCGCGCCCGCCCGUGCACACCUUCAGCGCCACGCUGCCGCUCAUCAACCAGCUGGCCGCCGUGCAUCGCCUGCUCCGCGCGCCGCACAGGCGUUGCCCCAGGAGAGGAGAGGCCAGGCGAGGCGAGGCGUCGCGCCGCUCCGCGCCGGGCCACGCCGCGUCGGGCGCCGCCUUCUCAUUUGAAUACGUUUGGCGGAGGAUGAGGGAGAGGGCGGGGCGGAGGCGCUUCGUCGGAACCCUGGCGCCCGCGGGCUGUUUACCGGCAAAAAAGUCGCGGCCUCACACUGACGUCGCCGUUGCUCUUGCCGUCGCCGUUGCUCUUGCCGUCGCCGUCGCUUGUUGCCCUUGCGUCGCUGUUGCCGUUGCCGUCGCUGUUGCCCUUGCCGUCGUGUUCGGCCUUGCCGUCGGUGUUGCCCUUGCCGUCGCUUGUGCCCCUUGCGACGUCGUCGCCGUUGCGUUGCCGUUACGUCGCCUCACCGGCUUACCCGCGUUGUCAUUACUAUCGCGCAUUUACCGGCUAAACUCAGCCGAUAAGAGAACCACAGAACUCCACCCGCCGGAGAGAGGGGCAAAGCACGACCAACGAAAAACCCACGCCGACGGCCCUCAGGGCAAGCAGGCGAGGAUUGAGGCAUCAGGUACUGGCCCGAGACCCGGUAAGCCCGCGACGGAGACGACGGACGAGCACCCCGACGGAGGCCAACGCCGGAGCUCGCACUGCGGGCGUGAUCAUUAG